AAAUGAGUGGUAACAAGAAGCAAAAAACCAGUUACUUGUGGACAUACUAUACUGUGGUUGACGCUGACAUAAAAACUGCUAAGUGCGAUUUAUGUGGGCAAGUAUUAAAUUAUAAGUCAACUAUAACUAAUCUUAGACACCACAUUGAAAAGCGCCAUCCUACUGUAAAUUUACCAAAAAAAGAUAAAACUUCAACUAACUUGCCAAGCCCUACGACAGCUUUAAUUUCUACUAAAAACUCUACAAUAGGCUCUACAUCAAUUUUACGUAAUGAACCCGAACAACCAAGUUCAGAAGCGCUAACCAAUUCAAAUCCACUAAGUGCAUAUUUUUCAUCUUCUAGUGACGGUAACCAGUCAAGUAUUAGAUCAUUUUUACCCCAAUCUAAAAAGCUGAGUGAGACUCAACGUAAAAAACUCGAUAAACUUCUCUUACAGUUGUUUAUUACUGACUUUCAGCCAUUUUCAAUUGUCGAAGACAGAGGUUUUGUUAACUUUGUGUCGGCUUUGAAUCCCGCAUAUAAAUUGCCAAGUAGAAAAACAAUUUCCAAUAGUAUGAUUCCAGCUGAACAUGAGAGAUGCUUGAAUUUUGUUCGGAAUGAGUUAAACUCAGUACAAAGUGUAUGUCUAACCACUGAUACCUGGACUUCUACAAAUGUUGAAAGUUAUUUGGGUGUAACUGUCCAUUACAUUUCAGAAAAUUAUGAAAUAAAGUCGAUAUUGUUGGAAUGUUCUAAAAUGUCUGAUUCUCACACAAGUGCUAAUCUAGCAAAAGAGAUCAAAACUAUUGUUGACAAAUUUCAUUUAUUUGAUAAGAUUUUAGUCGUAGUAUCAGACAAUGCCAGUAACAUCAAAGGGGCGGUACAAAAGGACUUGAAAUUGAAGCACUUUGGUUGUUUUGCCCAUACCUUAAACUUGAUUCUUCAGGAUGCGUUAAAGCUGGUAAAAAUGUUAAUUGACAAAAUAAAAUUGAUAGUGACUUUUUUUUAAAAGGAGCACAAAUGCAACUGAAAAACUGUUGAUAUCCCAGAAAAAUAUGGGCCUUGAGCCAAAAAAACUUAUUCAAGAGGUUUCAACGAGAUGGAACUCUACAUUUUAUAUGGUUUCCAGAUUUGUAGAGCUGCAGGACGCGGUAAAAACUACUAUCGCUUUAAUAAAUAAAAAUUUACCUGUUUUGUCAGAGGAAGAGUGGGGAUUAUGCAAAGAGCUAAGCACAAUCUUACGUCCUUUUGAGGAGGUCACUUCACAGAUUAGUGGGGAACGCUACGUGACAGGUAGCCAAGUGAUACCCCUAACAAGAGGCCUGAUGUCCGUGUGUAAAAAAAUGCAAAAGGAGCCAUUCAAACCAGUUAUUCAAAAUAUUAUUAAUGAACUGCUGCAUGGUCUCGAGAAACGCAUGGAAAAUGUUGAACACAGCAAAACAAUAGCACUUGCUACUCUUUUAGAUCCCAGAUUCAAACUUGCUGUCUUCAAAGACGAAACUGCAAAGCAAUUGAUCAAAAAAACAUGUACAGAACUUUUAGCUGCAAUCUGGACAGAGACACAUGGCAAACCUUGCACAGCAGAUGAUGAAGAAAUUGGUAACACUCAAAACAAAGAUGGCAACGUAGAUUCCGCAAAAUUUUCCGUCUGGGAGGACGUUGACAACAUAAUUGCCAAGGAGAAACCUACAGGUACGAAGACCUCCGCUGCAAUUGUCGAGUUGAACCGGUACUUAGAUGACAGCUAUCUAGGACGGAAAAAAGAUCCUAUGGGCUGGUGGAAAGAGAAUCAACAUGUAUACCCUAUUAUGAGCAAAUUGGUGAAAUUAAAAUUUAACGUCAUGGCUACAUCCGUCCCAUGUGAACGACUUUUUUCUAAAGCAGGAAAUUUUUUGACAGAACGCCGAUCAAGACUGAGUUCAAAACGAGCAGAGCAGUUGCUGUUUUGA